CUUUAUCAACAACUGGAAAUCUCGCCGUACCCUUGACGAUGGCAAAAAAUGAGAUCUGUGAAUUUAUGGCUGUCUAUCCAGCUGUUGUAAACGAACUUACGGAGUUUGCUAAUAGAUACGAAAGCAAAGAUGCUGCAGAAUGGUUCAAGAAGGCUUUGCAGUACAACUUGUCACCGACCAACACAAAAAAUAGUAUAACUACCGUUUUGACUUACAAAAAUUUAGUCAAAAAGGAUCAACUCACUGCAGAAAAAUUAAGAUUGGCGCAUUUGCUUGGCUGGUGUCUCGAAGUGCUGCACUCCAUGAUCCUCAUCACCGAUGAUAUCUUGGACAACAGCACCACACGUCGGGGCCAAUUGUGUUGGUAUAAAUUGGAAGACGUUGGUCUCAAUGCUGUCAACGAUGUGUUCAUGAUUGAAAAUGGUAUCUAUGAACUACUCAAAAAACAUUUCCGUCACUUGGACUGCUAUGUGGAGCUGAUCGAAUUGUUUCGCCAAAGUACCUUUAAAUGCAUGUUUGGGCAGUCAAUGGAUAUGCUUGUCGGUCGCAGGAGUGUGACCACUUUCACUAGGGCCACAUACGACGCAAUUGCAAUGAAUAAAACUGCCAGCUACUUUUUCUAUUUACCCAUCGCAGUGGCUUUACAUUUGGCGAACGUUAAAGACCAAAGAAUUUUUAGCGAAUGUGAAACCAUUUCAUUGGAGUUGGGUAAUUAUUGUCAAGCGCAAAAUGAUUUCCUUGAUUGUUUUGGUAAUCCCGAGUUUACUGGUAAGAUUGGCUCAGACAUACAAGCCAAUAAGUGUUCCUGGUUGGCGGUGGUGUGCAUGGAAUUGGCAAAUCCGGCACAAAAGUCUAUCAUGGCAGAGUGUUAUGGACAAAAUGAUCCCCAGAAGAUCGCGCGUGUUAAACAGCUCUACGAAGAAUUGAAGAUACCCAACAUCUAUGCCAAAUACGAAGCGGAAACAUACAACAGAAUACAAACGCGUAUUCAACAAACAUCGGAUGAUGUGCCACGUGAAGUUUUACAAGAAAUACUUAACACAAUUUAUCGUAGGGAAGUGAAAUAAAAACAAAAUAAAUUAAUAAAACUG